AUGAUUCAGGGAAACCCUAAGAUUCUCCUGGCGGCCAGUCCCGUGUUUCAAGGCCGGUACACGGAUAAGAGCCUACCGUUCGAGCUCGUUCCGGUACUGACACGUGGCGGCGAAGUCUCCGUGCAGAUUCGCGUGCGCGUCGAUGAUCGCACGAGCUUCACAGCGAAGGGAUCGUCUAGGACGAGGAAGGAGGCAGAGCGGCAGUGCGCCAUCGACACGUGCUUCCAUCUCAAGGACCUAGAUCUACUACGCCUGCCUGAAGAAGCGGCCCCUCCUCUUGCUGUUAUCUCAGGCAGUGGACCCGGAUCAAGUGGAAGGGGAGGAGGGGGAGGCGGAGGAGGAGGAGGGGGAGGAGGGGGAGGGAGCAGUGGCGGGCUGUUGUCUGUGUGGGCGGAGAACCCGAAGAACUUUCUGCAGCACUGUCCGGUGUUCAAGGACUGGAUCGUCCACAAGGGAGGCAAGCUCAACAUCCGCGUCUCCUCUGCAGGCCCCGACCAUGGCAAGGUGUCCUACGCGGAACUCGAUGUGCCAUUGGGAAGGAAGGAACUGCAGUGUGGCGUGUUCUACGCAGAGCUCGAUGUGCCGUUGGGGAGGGGGGGCGGGAAGACCCACUGUGUUCUACGCGGAACUCGAUGUGCCGUUGGGGAGGGGGGGCGGCGCGCGGGUGUGGGUGGCGAGGGGGAGGGGGCGCAACAAGGCGGACGUGGAGAGGAACUGCUGUGUAGCGUAUAUUCUGCUCUUCUCCCCUCUGUACUCACGCGGUUGCCCUUUCUGUUGUACCUCCCGCCCACUGUCCCCCCUCCCUCCGUCCUCUACUUUCCUCCCGCUUCCCCUUCCCUCUCCCCCUCAUCCCCCCAUCCGUCCCCCUCCCAGGUGUUCCACGCAGAGCUCGAUGUGCCGUUGGGGAGGGGGGGCGGCGCGCAGGUGUGGGUGGCGAGGGGGAGGGGGCGCAACAAGGCGGACGCGGAGAGGAACUGCUGUGUGGCUGCCUGUGAGCGCCUGCACGAGCUGGGGCUGCUCAAGGCGCCCUCCUCCUCCAACCUUGCUGUCCUGGGAGGGCAGAGCGGUGGUGGAGGCAUGCUGGCGAAGGAUCAGGGACAGACCCCACGCCUCUCCCUCAAUCCAUCUGACAUCGCCCUUCUAGAGGACGUCCUCUCCGAGUUCCACUCCAGCCUGCCCAAGCCACCGUCUCUCCCUCCUCCCUCCCACUCGCCUCCUCUCCCCUCCCACCCUCCCGACUCCACCACCCAAGGCAAUGGCUUGCUUCCCCGCCCUCACUCCACAGGCACUCUCCAUUCCUCCUCCUCCUCGCUCCCGUACCCCUCUGGUUCUGCCUCUAAAGCAGCAGCAGCAGCAGGAGGAGCAGCAGCUGCAGCGGCAGCGGCAGCAGCAGCAAUGGAUGUAUCUGGGCCGUACCCGAGGGAUCCUUACCUGGAUGAACGGUUCAGAUUGGCUGCUGAGAGGAAGAGUGCGGCAAGGGAGAUGGGGGACAGGUGGAGGGCGAGGGAGAGGCUACCAGCGUGGAAGGAGAGGGAUGCAGUGGUGCGCAUGGUGCAGGGGAAUCCAGUGUCACUCAUUGUUGGGGAGACUGGCUGUGGCAAGACCACCCAGGUCCCUCAGUUUAUUCUUGAAGAUUCGGAGCGAAACGGCACCGCUAGCAGCACGCACAUUAUAGUCACUCAGCCUCGCAGAAUUGCAGCGUUGAGUGUGGCAGAGCGUGUGGCGUGGGAGAGGGGCGAGGCGUUGGGGGACAGUGUGGGGUACCGCAUUCGGCUGGACAGCAAGCCACCCAGGGCUAGAGGCAGCAUCCUCUUCUGCACUGUCGGCAUCCUGCUGCGGCGAAUGCAGAGUCCGGAGGGCAUGGAGGGGGUGAGCCACGUGAUAGUGGACGAGGUGCAUGAGCGGGACAUGGACACCGACUUCCUCCUCAUCGUGCUCAAGCAGAUGCUCUCCUCCCCCACCGUGCCCUCUCGUAUCCGUGUGGUCAUCAUGAGCGCCACCAUCGAUGCCGAUCUCUUCACCUCCUACUUCCACCACUGCCCCAUGCUCGCCAUCCCGGGGUUCAUCCACCCGGUCUCCGUCUAUUCUCUGGACGAUCUACCCUCCCUCAUGGGCCGCCACUUGCCCUCUGUGGUGCGCCAAGCUCUGCACCCCAAGUACGGCUGCGCUGAUGAGGACGAGCUCGAUGCUGAGCUGGCGGCGAGGGUGGUGGCAUGGGUGGAUGAUGAGUAUGCGAGGGAGGAUGGGUCGAUUCUCUGCUUCCUGCCUGGGUGGGACACGAUAGCAGAAGCCAAGCGCCAGCUGCAGUUCCUCCCGGGGUCAUACCGCUUCCACAUCGUCAUGCUGCACUCGCAGGUGCCACCAGCGGAACAGAGAGCAGCGUUUGACCGCCCUCCAGAGGGAAAGCGCAAGGUGAUUCUAUCGACCAACAUAGCGGAGACGAGUGUGACAAUAGACGACGUGGUGUUUGUGGUGGAUGGCGGCAAGUCCAAGGAGAAGUACUUCGAGCCCGCCCGGAACAUCUCCUCCAUGCGCGUGCAGUGGGCGUCCAAGGCGAGUGUGAAGCAGAGGCAGGGCCGAGCUGGUCGCGUGCGCCCAGGGAAAUGCUUCCGCCUCUUCACUCGUGCGGUGUACGAGGCUAUGGCGCCCAACUCUGUUCCUGAGAUGCAGCGCGUCCCUCUGGAGGAGAUCAGCCUGCAAAUCAAACCCCUUCCCCUCGCAGCGGCCAUCACUUCCCACCCCUCCACCACCGGCCACAGAAGCACCAACAUCGGUCUCUUCCUAGCCAAGGCCCUCUCUCCCCCCGAUCCCUUUGCCGUUCGCCACGCGAUCGAGAAUCUCCAGAGGCUAGGCGCGUUGGAUGAAGAUGAAGAGCUCACAGCCCUUGGAUCGACCCUCAGCCGGCUCGCCGUGCACCCUCGGAUCGGCAAGAUGCUUGUAUAUGGGUCUCUGCUGCACUGCCUCUCUCCUCUCCUCUCCGUCGCUGCGGCUGCCUCGCUCUCCCGGGACCCGUUCCUGUCACCCAUCACCAACCGCAACGCCGCCGAUGCUGCGCGCCGAGCCUUCGCGACAGGCUCGGCGGCGGGGAGCGACCAUCUAGCCGUGGUGAUGGCGCAUGAGGGGUGGAUGAGAGCAAACGCAGAGGGACGGGCGAUGGGGUACUGUGAUGAAAACUUUUUAGCGCCGUCCGGGAUGCGGCUUAUGCUGGGGCUGAAGAUGCAGAUAGAGAGGAUGCUGUGGGGGGCUGGGUUGGCACAAUUAGGGGAGUCUCUAGAUGCUGAUCUGCCGCCUAAGGCUCAGGCGCAGGGUGGUGCUCCAAGGGGCAUGGUGGGGCAGGGGAAAGAGGGGGGUGGAGGAGGAAGAGGGAUGGAGAGAGGGUUUGGCACUGGUGGUGUUGCUGCUGCUGCUUCUGCUGCUGCUGCUGGUGAUGCUGCUGCUGGUGAUGCUGCUGAUGGUGCUGCUGCUGCUGCUGGUGGGCUAUUGUCACUGAGUGGUAGGCCUGACAUCCGUCAUGUGACUCGCAUUGAUGCUCGCUCUGGCUCCACUCAGCUGAGUGAUUCCAGAGUGGCAGACGAGCGAAUGGACGAGCAGAUGGACGGCCGAGAUUACCCGUCUGGUUCCGACAGAGCCAAUGCGGCUCCAUCCGAGCCACACAUCGAUGACACCGACGAGUCAUCUCUCUUUAUCGCUCGCUCCGUGCUGGUUGCUGGCCUCUCUCCCCAUGUAGCCCGCUCCGACAUGCUCCCAGAAGCCCGAGGCGGCGCCGGUUCCGGCAGCAGCAGCAGCGGGAAGCAGAAGGUCCGGCUGAGGUUCGGGUUCCGAACCUCGGAGGGUCGGGUGUGGAUCCACCCGACAGGGGUGAUUCCGCAGCAGGGCAAGGCAUUGGACGAUGGGGGGGUGCAUUUCCUGACCUUCAACGAGCGUGUGCAGACCUCUCAGGUGUUUAUCCGUGGAUGCACCCUCAUCCCUGCUCUCUCUAUCGUCCUCUUUGGAGGUCCUAUCCAGCUUGCCCCUGCCCCAGCUCCCUUUCUACCCUUGGGUGGGUUUGGUCCUUCCGCGUUGGCGUCUCAGCCGGUUCUGCUCGUUGUGGACCGUUGGAUCGAGUUUGUGGUGGAUCGGCACGUGGGAGAGCUGCUGGUGCAGCUGCGGGCGGUGCUGGAUUCGAUUCUGGGGAGAUGGGUGGCAGGAGGGCCGCGGCCGGCCAAUGAGAGGCGAGUGGUGGGGUGUGCCGUGAGGCUGCUGGAGCAAGCAGGGAGAGCAGCCGUUCGGGAGACGGAAAAUGCAGAGAAAACCUCUGCUGCUGCCGCUGGUGCUGCUGCUGGUGCCGGUGCUUUUGGUGGUGCUGCUGGUGCGGGUGGUUUUGGUGGCGUUGCUGUUGGUGGUGUUGCUGGUGGUCCAGUUGGUGCCAUGGGAUUGGUUGGUGGCAUGACAUCAGCGGCUGCUGGUGCUUUUGCAGGUAGGGUGAUUGAUGACGGUGAUCGAUGGAUGUCAGGAGGUGGUGCUGGUGGUGGGGAUGGGAGGGGAGGUGGUGGUGGCGUGGGAGGGGACUGGAGCAAGGAUGGCAAGGACUCUUCUGCCGACCUCAAGGCUAAGGUCACGUGGACUUGCCGUGAUUGCGACCGCAGCUCCCAUGGGUGUGCAACUGCAAUCACCCAUGGGGUCAUCACACACAGCAGACCAAUGUCCUGA